UGAUGAGUAGAUGCUAGAAAACGCAUGUAUAUUAAAAUCUGUUAUGCAGUGAUGUGUAUUAAACCUGACAUUUUAUGUUGUCCUAAAACAACCACAUCCUUAUCUUUUCGAACGACAACUGGCAGAUGGAGAGCGUUUUCCGCAUGAUUGCUCUGCAGUUCAGGCGCACUGAUGCGCUGUUUACUUGUUUUGACUUAAAAUUAUAUUUUGAGUCUUGUGUAAUAAGCUUUUAGAUGUAAUUAUGGAUAUCGAAGCCAUUGGAUUACCAACAGGAUGGGAAGUACGAGUUGGGCUCAACGGUAGAAUUUAUUAUUACAGUAAACAAAGUCAAAUAGUUCAAAUUCUUCCUCCGCCAGAAAUUUGGAGAUGUAAGCAUAAUCUACCGUAUGGAUGGGAAAUGGCAAUCGAUUACGACAAUAAGAACUAUUACAUCAAUCAUAUCACGCAAACAGUAACUUAUGAAGAUCCGAGGACUGAGGACGAUCAGGUUACGCCUGCCGAAUUUCAUGCUUCACUAGAAAUAUUGAGAAGUCCACAACCUCGUGAAUAUGAAAUUGAACGUCAUCAUAAUUUGGGAUUCGGAUUCAUAGCAGGAAGCGAGAAACCUGUCGUGAUCAGAUCAGUAACACCAGGCGGACCUUCGGAAGAUAAACUCCUACCGGACGAUCAAAUAGUCAAGAUUGGUUCUGAAAAUGUUAUGAUGGCGGAUAGAGAACGCGUUAUAGAGCUGAUAAGAGAGAAAACCGACAGUGUCACACUAACAGUACUUCAGCCAAAUCGGUCAGCAAAUUCGUCGUUUCUCAAUCCAACGAAAAAGACAAUACGAAGUAUGGAUCGACCAAAAGUUCGAUUUGCUGAUGAUGUCAUAAUCAACGGACAGGAGCGAGUUGAAGGUUCAAGUCCACUUCUUGUUUCGCCUGGUGUGCUGAGAAUCGAACUCGAGAUCAAUCAAACGAGAUCGUUUCAAUUUCUUCCCGAAACAACAGCUGGUGAUGCGGUGGCCGGGCUUUGUGAUAAACUUGGAUUCAAAGAUCCAAACUUGUUUUCUCUCGUUUUAUCGCCACCUGCAGACAAUGGAGAACAGAAUGAAAAUACGAGUAAGACAUCAUUGUAUGGUUCAAUAUCGUCAGAUCAAACUCCAUUGAGCAGUUCUUCGCCAGAUUCUCUGCUCAUUGCACCUUGGGAUUGUCUAUCGAAGGUGGUCAGUAACCCCUCUUUCCGGCAUCAUUCGUGUCACUUCCGGUUGGAAUUCAUGCCGAAAGAUUUUCACAAGUUAGCUAGGAAUGAUCCAGAAGCUUUCCGCUACUUGUACAUGCAAUGCGUCAACGACGUCGUUUCAGGCGACGUGUAUACAGACGAUUUGAAUCGGGACGAAAUCAUCAAAUUAGCGAGUAUACAAAUGCAAGAACUCGUGUUGAGUGCGUUACCUCCGACCCCACCUGUCGACAAGCAACCGAAAAAGAGUAAUUCGCUCGAGUCACACGGACAAAGAAACGUGUUCCGUUUCUCAAAUUUGAGUGGGAAAUUGAAUCUGAAAUAUAUCGAGAAGGAAUAUGGUUUGAGAAGGUUUCUUCCUCCAUCGUUGGUUUGUACAAUGCAAAGAGAAAAUCCGUCCGCAAGAAGCGUCAGGAAAUCAUUGCAACAACAUUUGAAGGCUUCGAUGAAUACAGCCGUUUUUAGUCAAUAUCCGACGAGUCCGGUUAUUCCAUUUUCUCCCAUGUCGCCAACAAGUGGAAAUGCAGAUACCGCUUUGUUGCAAUUACGACUUCAGUAUUUGAAAAUAUUGUCGCCACAUCAUCUCUUCGGCGGAAGAUACUUUUCAGCAUCCAUGCAGGGUUUAUUGGAGUCCGACAUUACAAUACUUGUCGGUCAUCAUUACGGUAUAAGCCAGAUGAUUAAUUCGAAAACAAAGAUGGUUUCCGUGUUGUCGGAAUUUCAUCACGUGACUGGCUUCGAAGUAGCCCCAUGUCAAGCUGAAUCAAGUACGACCAUAGUAAAGCUGGAAUUUGCAGACAAACAGGAGUUACAACUCUCCAUGGAGCCCCAAGCUGCCCAUAAUUUUGCUUUCAUGGUUGCCGGCUACUGCAGAGUAUAUGGAAAUAUUGACAUGGUUCUCACAUUACCUAUAUCGGAGAGUACAAACGCCCCCAUCUACUUUGGGCCUCACAAAGUCAAACCAUCAUUCUGGAAUUACCCGCCAACUUCAUCCAUGUACGCGAUGAAUAAAAACUCAGUUCCAGACGUUUGUCAACAUCUUGAGAGAUCAAAUACUCAUCGUGAUUGCGAUUUUUCUGAGCCAGUCACACCUGCAGUCAUAUUCAGCAAAAAUGCACCGUUUUCUGUUAACACCCUACCAAAAAAGAGUGUUCCCCAUCGACCAGCAACGCCUCCUCCAUUAUCAAGGGAACCCGUGGAUUUCGAUACAGAUGACGUAGAAUAUGAAAACGACUUUGCUGCGGAUAUUUUAAUUCAUAAUACAAAGAGUGCUGGAAAUGAAUUCGAUAAUGAUAAAAACAAUAACGAAUCACUGGUAUUUGAUAACACGUUAGAGGAUGCAACGUAUGAGGAGAUUCACGAAUAUCGUAUUAAUUCGUCCCCAGAAUCCAGAUUCUCAUCUCCAGGCGGCAGAAUAGAGAACACCGGUAAUUUCAGGUCAAUUUUGCCUGUGGAUAGCGAUGACGAUCAAGUAGAUAUUCCUAGUGCAAAUGGAUAUUUAAUCCCUACACCGCCAAGUCAAAGGUCAAAGCGUUACGUCGUCGCUGACGUAGAAGAAAUGAAAAUGAGCGAUUCUGGUAGUGAAAGAGAUUGGACGGAUUUAAUGAAAGUUCUUGGCGCGGAAGAUAGCGGAAUGAAGAAAACGCAAAACCUUGAGGGUGACAUUCCGGAACCGCUCCCUCCACCACCUAGAUCAGAACCGGUCGUCGAAAACAAUCUUAGAGACAUAAUAGUCCCGCCACCUCCCAGCUAUCCCCCGCCUAAAAUAGAGAGGAGUGAAUCCACCAGAUCUGAUAAAUUCGUCAGACAUCGAAGCGCCAAAGAACCGGAGCGUAAUAUUGACUCCGAUCAACACCAAAAACAAAAACAACGUUACAGUACCUCUUUCGCAGAUGUUAAUUCCUUAGAAGGAUCGCCUACCCAUCGCUUCUCUUCUUUCAAACCAAGCGAAGACGAUUUAAAAGUAUUUUCUCAGACGAGGAAAGAUACAACGACAAGUCAAUUUGGGACUGACCCCAGUCCUGCCGCAGAUGGAAAAAAGUCCAAUUCCGGGUCUCACGAUGAUAAUCAACUCCUUAAUGGUCACGACAACCAUCUUGAUCCUGUAACGCGACAAAAAUUGCAAGAAACUGAAGAUCUUAUCAAGUUUUUUCGGCAAAGGAGAGAGGAGUGUUCGUCAGCUGAAAAAUCGAGUAACAAAAACGAUUCUCGCUCUCCCGUUUCUAGUCAAGAAUUUGGAUCUAGCGAAAUAUCGACUCCCAGAAUAGUUACUGACAUAGCAGCCGGUAAUAAGCGAUUACGAAAAGCGGAAAAAGCUGCGAAUAAAAACAGAAAAUCCUGGGCUGGAAGCGAAACACUGCCAACAAAAUUGAGCGUUGUGGAAUCGCCAAAACAAAUGUCAAUGUCAAAUCCAGACUUGAGUUCGUUCUCUUCACAAAAGAAACGCGGAAGAAGUUUGUUCAGACGAAUUUUUGGAGACCGAAAACGACGAUCACAUUCAAUGUACGAAAGUAGUGCAUCGGGAUCUUUCGAUUCCGCGUUUGGAUCUCGGCGUCGUCGUCGAUUUCGGCUACCAACACCGAAAUUUCGACUUCGUCGUGCAUUCACGUUCAAUUCCGGGAAACGAGAGAGCAGGAAAACAGUUCUUCCAACCGAAACGUCGCCUUCAACGAAAUCUCGUCAUUUCAGUUUUCGACCUUUUUCAAAGAAAAGCAAAUCCCACGGAAUGUUAGUUAUUUCGGAACCUUGUGACGGUGUACGAGGUGUUGAUCUAUUACCAAGCGGGAAAUACACAGUAGCCGGUACCAUGUUUGGCGAUGCCAACGAAUCUGGAAUCAUUACAGUGGAUAAUAGUUCGAGGCAUUCGUCCAAAGAAAACUUGAAAGCGGACAGUAGAGAGAACAUAGCAACAGAAGAAAUAAACAAAAUGGAGAAACAUGCCACGAUGCCAACAUCUUCGGGAGUUAAAAUGAGGGAAGCUUUAGCGAGGGAUUCUGAACGACCAUUGAGUUUCUCAACGUUUCACCAAUCUGUAUUGGAAGGUCAAGUUCCGGAUAACGCAUCUUCAUCACCAGACAUGCAUAUAGACUCUAAUCACCACAGUCCAUGUGAGCUGUCAUUAACAGAAUCAUGUGAAGCACUGAACGAAAUGCCAAAUGUAUUUGAAGAUGAUAAUUCAGAAAGAAAUCGAACACUACCGACAGGAAUCUCGGUGGAGAAUGAUUUACUAGAAUCCACAGCGGAUGGUACCGUUAAGCCAACGAAUAAGUUAAAUUCAGUACACAACCCCGUCAUUCCACGCGAAACAUCGCAAAAAACAUCUUCUCUUCCUAUUAAAAUGUUUCCACAAGAACCCGCGGCCACUUCCACGCCGAUACAGAGAGGAUUAAAAAAGAAACCAUCUACGAAACGCCCUGCACCACCGCCACCAAUCGCUCUGACACCCAAGCCAACAUCGGAGGUUAUCACACAGGAUAGAACAGAAGAUGCCAAAGUCAACGACAAAUCACCUGACGGGGUGAAAUCGGACUCGGACGAAGGCAAUAUAUCGGGAUACGAUUUUGAUAGCUUAGGUGAAAAUUCUCUAGUUACAGAAAUAUUUUCGUACCUUAAAACUAACAAUACAAAAAAUCAAGAUGGCGGUAAAAUUACGUCAACAAGUGACGCAAAUACGUCGUCGCCUGAAUCCGCACUGCCAUACGACGAGAAUUACAUCAUGCCGGGAUUAAAAGCAACUAAUUUGCCAAACUCGAACUCUGAAAGCACGUUUGAUGAGGAGCGAAUUCGUCUGGUGGAAUCGCGGCAAAAAACAAUGGCUGAAAUAUUCCGUGAAGAAAUGAUCUCAGAGAAUUCGCGACUUUAUUUAUUCGCAGAUGAAGACGAAUAUGCUGAUUCCAAAAGUGACAAAAAUUCGAACUCUGAUAGUUCACACACUGAAAAUGUCCAGCAAGGGUCAUAUGACGUCACAUACGAUGACGUCACACGUGAUAAUUUUGAAAAAUCUAAACACAACAAACAAAAUAAUGUACUAUUGAAAUCGUAUAAGCAAGUUGAUACAGGAAACAAUAACGACGAUGCAUUUGUUAAUUUAAGUUACGAAUCCGUGGAUGGCAAUUUCCUCAAAUCAGAUAGAGUACGGACGACGGAUUCGUCCAAUGCAAAAUCAAAACCUCCCACUUCUCCAGGGUCAUAUUUUACAUAUCAAAACCUAAUAACACCACAGCAUUUCAAUAAAAACUUUUCAAAUCGUACGAACUUCAACCCGAAACCCCCUUUGCCCCCAAAGCCUAUAUUCCACUGAAAAGGGGCUUUGAUUCCACAAUCCGUUUCACUGCCCAAAUUGAGCAAAUAUUGAUUUCAAUAGCACGGUACAAACUGAUAGUAUACUUCCAAGAGCACAAAAAAAAUGCUAUAUAAAGUAUAUAUAUAUAUAUAUAUAUAGUAAUAGUGUUAUCAUAGCAAAAAGUAGUUAUUUAAGUUUAUCAUACAACUUGGAGUCGUGACCUUUGUUUAUAAUAUACACAUAUAGAUAUAUUUACCAAAGUGUUAAGCUCGGGGACUCUGCGAAUUUGAUGAUAGUAAUGAUACAGCUGUAUUACUGAAGCUGGUGAUUUAUAUUCUUUGAAACUUAUUUUGUAUUUGACAUGAACAAUUUUUUUGUAUUAUCUAGCAUUUUAUGCUUGUAUAUUAUGUUCUGAUGCUUUGCCACAAAUUUUCCUAAUUUCCGUUAGUUGGUGACAAACGUUGUCAUAGCCAUGUUACAGGAAGUACGAGAACCAUAUUCCUGCAUUUUUCUGUCCAAAAUUAUAUAUUUUUUGUUUUUUGAAGUUUAAUCAUGCAUUAUUCCAUUUGCGCCAUACUUUUUUUUCAAUUUUUUCAGACGUUAGGAACAAAUUUUUUUAUUGAAA